AUGGAAUCGAAAAAUAGACUGGAUGAAACAAACCGCUCAAAUAUCGCUCAUAAAAGAAUGCGUCAAAUUAUACUUAAUGGUAUAAUAAUGCUUGCAAUAGCAUCCUCCUGGGCAUUAAGUACACAAUUUACUAAAUCAAUAUGGGUAAUUAAUUCACAACACUUCUAUGCUCCAUAUUUUAUGGUUUGGUUUAAUACUAAUUUUAUGAUCGCAUGCUAUCCUGUUUAUAUAAUAUUUGCUUUAUUAUUUCGUCGUUCAUCUCUAACUGAUAUACAUUUAGAAGCUUUAAUGGUAUACGGAAGAGGAAAAGAUAGUUGGAUAGGAUCAUAUUUUAUGCGAACAAUCUUAUUCCUAAUAUUUUGGCUUAUCGCAAACUAUUCAUAUUCGCAGUCAUUAGGCCAUAUUUCGGCAAGUGCAACAUCAACGAUAAUGAGUUCAAAUACCGCUAUGGUGGUUAUUUUUGGAUGGUUCAUCCUCAAUGACCAAUUCAUUCCAUUUCGAUUAAUUUCCGUAGCGGCAGCAAUAAUUGGUGUUAUUAUAAUUUCGUUAGAUAAGGAAUUUGUUGGCAAUAUUUUUGGUAUAUCCUUAUCACUACUUUCCGCCUUAUCUGCUGCACUCUAUAAGGUUCUCUUCAAAAAAGUAAUCGGUGAUGCGACAAUUGGGCAGGUAUCACUUUUCAUGAGUGGUUUAGGCUUACUUAACGCAUCCCUUAAUUCACUGCCUAUGAUUACACUACUGAUAAAUGGUAUAGAAACGUUUACCUGGUCAAAUGUACCAUGGUUUCCGCUGCUCGGUGUUGCAUUUUUAUCCUUGUGGUUUAAUUUCCUUAUAAAUUUUGGAAUUGCUUUAUUGCAUCCAUUGGUGAUAUCUAUUGGAAUGUUAUUUGGUAUUCCAAUUAGUGCAACUAUUGACAUCGUUUUUCGACAUAUGAAUGCAACACCUUAUUUUAUUAUUGGCGCUCUUUUAAUAUUGUUUUCGUGCGCAAUUAUAGCAAUACCACCAGAAUCAUUCCACUGCACGAUAAAAAUGAAAAAGGGGAAAAAGGAGAAUGGAAAUAGCGAGCAGUGCAUUGUCGUGUAA